GCGGACGAGCCGGGCGUGGCGCAGAGCCCGAGCAUGGAGGCCGAGGCCGUCCGCGGAGCCGCAGGCAUCUACCCAGUGGAUGUUUUGGAAGACGACCCCGAUGGGCAUUGGGAAGCAACCCUGACUUACUACACCUCACUCAGAGAAGGCGCUCACACCCCUCCCGCCGCCCUGCGCUUUCCCACAGGGGAGCAGGUGAAACUUGAAGCUUCAUCUGUUUGCCUUUGCACUGUGUACCGUGAUGACCCUCAGCAUAAGCUAUUGGUGUUGGUAAAUCCCCAGGACACAAAGACAGUUGUCGCUGUUUACGUGAAGGAGUCCUGGUGGUGCACGGAAGACGUCCUGAGGACCUCUGAUCCCGCGAGAGAAGGUUUGAUGGAGGUUCGGGCGUUUGGGGAGAGGAUCGUGCUUUUCAUCCUCAACGUCGUCAUUUUUGGAAGAGCCGAGAGAAGCUUGGAUGAUGACGCCAUGUUUUUUUUGCCUCACUCCGUGACGGAGCGAGCCAAGAUUCUGUGGAGAAAUGGAGCAGCCGUUGGGUUUUACACCACCAAAAGGAAAGGCAGCCUGUGUGGCGAUGGCACCGGCGCGUGCUACCUGCUGCCUGUCUUGGAUACCGUGUUCGUCAGGAGGAAGCACCGUCGCCAGGGCUUGGGGACAGCCAUGCUGCGGGACUUCUGUGAGACGUUCUCCGAGGACGAGGCCCUGGGAGUCAGCUGCCCCAUUUCUCCUGCCAUGUACCAAGUCUGUAGGCAGUUCCUGUUGGCUUGUCCUGAGGAGCGAGGCCGCCUGUGGGAGGUGGAGCCCCCGGGGGCCUGGGGCCAGCGCACCAGCAUCUGGCUCAAAGUUCAACUUCAGCAGGCAAGAGUUGGAGAGUGGGAAGAAUCUUCAGCGAAGGUGUCCAGUGUCCAUGCUGAGAAGCCGUGAACUGAAUUCCUUAGCUGCCGUUCCUCUUCCCCUGGCUGCUUCAUUUCACACCAGAUAUGAGGGCUCUUCACAGAGUUCAUGGGAGAUGUGUAUUAUGAGAAAACUAUGGCCGGCGCCGUGGCUCAACAGGCUAAUCCUCCGCCUUGCGGCGCCGGCA